AUGUCAGUUAAACGGGACCGAGCCAACACAGCCGAGAGGAGAAAGGUAAGAGCAUGGCUCAGUGGCUAAGAAACUUGUCUCAUGAUCAAACGGUCGCUGGUUCGAUCCCCUACACGGCUUUUUUUUUGCCUUUUUUCUAACGACUUUUUAGAUGAAUUAUAUCACAAAAAGGUCACGAGUUCUUGAAGAUAAAAUGAACUUUGCGAAAAAAAAAGCCCUUUUCAGCGGCUCCACGAGCUCGUCGACUUACGGGAAGAGCUCAAAGAGCUACAGGCCAAUUUGGUGAAAAAUCAAUAUUUUCAAAAGGAAAUAGGAAAUUUCAGGAACAAUACGAGAUACUAUUCGACGACUCAGUAAGGAAACGAUCAGCACUGGAAAAUCGCUAUCAUGUUCGGAAAUAUCUCUUUUCUCUAGGAAGUAUCAUUUUUGAACUAAACCUCUUUUUUUGCAGGGUACCGACAAUGAGGACCAGUUCCUGGAGAGCUUACGAAUUGUUGAGGAGAAAAUCGUGGGUUUUUUGACGUUGGUCGCAUUUGGAACGGCUCAAUACGUCGCGAUGAUUUCACGCGCAAGCCAGUUAGGGUCCGGUGCAACCCUGCCCAUUUAGCCAUUCCAAAUGCGACCAUUCAUAUCUAUCCUAAUUCAAGUAUAUUUUUAGCAUCACCAUCGGCAAAAAAUCUCUGAACUACAGUCGGAAAUAAUCGAUAAGAAGGAAUGUAUACUGGUUCGUUUUUUUUUUUUUAUUCAAAAUUUUUUUUACCAAAAGUCAUUUUAUCUCAAGCUGGCUCUAUCUAUUCAGAAAAAAAAUAGUUUUCGAUUGAUAAGCUUGUAGAAAAAUAGCCUUAGGGACGCGCGUAGAAUGACUUCACCGCAACGCAACCGCGAUGCUCAAGCCAUUCCAAGUGCGACCCAAUUCUCCGUCCGAUUUUUAAGACGAUAAAUAAAAAAUGGAGGAUUUUUCGGGCACUAAAGAGUGUGAAGAGAAAAUUUUAGGGAUUUAUUCGAUAAUUUCUUUUUCGAAAUGGGUACCGUAACCUUCAAAAACCUGUCUCUUAAUGUAGUAAAAAUCGCAAUUUUCCUCGAUUUUUUUUUUUGGGAUAAUUCUAAGGAUCCUUAACCAUAAAUCCAAAUAUUCUAAGCGAAAUUCUUCGAUUUCUCUCAUACUAAAAACUUUCUGAGACCCUUUAGAAGCAAUCUUUGAGAGCCCCCUCUAGGGACCACUUUACCAACCCAUAUAGGGGCCACUAAACCUGCAAAAGUGGUCCCUAUAGGGCUUUCAGUUAGUGGCCCUUAUAGGAGACAUUCUAGUCAAUAAUAUUUAUGAAUUCUAUGCGAAAAACUCAAAAAAACCUUCUUUGAACAAAAUUGAACAACCCCUAGAGGGACCACUUAGCUUUAGGUGGUAAGGGGUCAGACCCUAAGCCUCUAAAAGGACUACCUUGAUUUGACCCCUAUAGGGAUCCAUUUUUCGGCCCCUAACCCCUUCAGCGACCACUCUAAAAACUCUACAUGUAGCACAAAAAUGAGAAUAAAUUUUUUUCAAAAUCUAAUUUUUUCACUGGGAACAGCCCAACGCGUCGCGGGUGCGUAGCGGUUACCGAGUUAUAGAAUUUUCAUCCAAGAAAAAUAUUUCAGUCAAUCGAAACGCUGGUCAGAAUGGACGAAGAAGCUCAAAGUCAUCCUUGA